CUGGCUCGUGAGGACUCUGUAGAACAUCUGCGGAGAUUGCUUGCCGAAGCCAGUGAGACGGCUGCUAAGGCCGCUGCUGUGGACGAUGACACGAGUGAACCUGGCGACGAUGAAGAUGAAGAAGAAGAACAAGAGUCUGAUGAUGACGAGGAACAGGAAGAUGAAAUGGCAAUGCACAGAAGCAGGGGCAUUCGCUCUCAUCAUAUUUCAGACACUGAAUUUCGGCCUGGUAGAACUGAUUACGGCCGACAUAGCAGUCCCGAUCCCUUCGAGCAGGCCGGCUUAGAACCUAUGUUUUGUGGUAUGGACAAAUCACUAACCAGUCUUGAGGAAAAGAAAGAUUCGAAAAGAGUUCAGAGAGAUGGUGGAAAAUUUGGAAGAGAAAGCGGCAAAGAAGGCUGGCAUUCGUCUUGUUCUCAUAAUGUCUAUCUCGGCACACAGCGUUAUCAACGACGGCCUGUUGAGCCAACGCAUCAGCUUGACACCUUUAGCAUCACAGACCAGAACGGCCUUGAGUGGGUGCCCUCCGAGAUCGGGGCAAGUGCUUGUGAAGAGGAAAAUGAAUGGAGGUAUCAAGGAGACCGUUUUGACUUCAAGCCCAAGCCAGGAGCCACGGAGGGGGAAGGGGAGCAAAAAGUGCCUUUAUGUGCCGGAAAGUACAGCCCUACUUACAAUGGUAAGGCCGAGAAGGGUGGUAUGAUUAAUGAGGUGGAGAUGUUUGAUGAGCUUGAUGGAGUGGAUGAAGAGGAUGAAGUUAUCACAUCUGAAGAUGAGGACGAAGAGCUACUGUCGUCUGGAGUGCGAAGAGAAGCGAGUAACGGCGAAGUAUCAGAGCACGAGAGAACUGUCGUGGCAACAAGAAUGCCAGCUGAACUUGCCAGGCUUCAGGUUGACUGGGCAGGUCGGCUGGAGGAAGAGAGUGACGAUGAAGAGGAGCUAGUAACUGUCGGUUGCUCAAACACUUUUGCUGGAACCUUGGAGACCUGUCAGACAACGAGGCCAAUGUGCAACGGGAGUGUCUCGCGGCUAAAAAUGACCAGCUCUGGUGUCGGUCAUCGGCGCAGCCACGGGACUCAUCUGAGGAGGCGGCUCACAGGGUCCCCAUGCUUUCUGACUGAAAUACCUGAGGAGGCAGAAGAGGAAGAGGAGGCAGAAGAGGAGAAGGAAGAAGAAGAUGAUGAUGAUGAAGAAGGGAAGCAAAAGGGCGGAACCAGGGAGGAUGGUCGACUGGUGAGAAAUGCAAUUGCAUUUUAA